GCAUUUCAUUCUCGGCUCGCACGUUGGCGCAAACGGUUCAUUAGCUGGCGGAUCAAUUCCAUUCGGUCGGGUUUCGAUUGGGUUUUGGGCCAAAAGUGCAUUUCCUAACAUCGACAUUGGCCGGACAGCAGAAGCCCCUGGGUCUGGUGGUCAUCUGCUUUGUUUUUUUGCUUCAUUUACCUCGAGCCGCGUCGGUUGAUGAAAUUCCGCUUCUUAUUGUUAUUGGUGCGCUGGCGUUGCAUUUGAUUGGAGUUCGAGUGACGAAAGUGCCAAGAGUCGAAGACAAUCAAUUAGAGGGUGCAUUAUGAUCGGCCAUUCGAUGCAUCCCAUGACGACGAUGAUGCUUCACAUCGUGAUUUUAGCAGCCACUUUUACGGCUGCGCAGUGCUUUCAAUUGAACAUGACGCAGUUCUAUGAGAUGCCUCCGCUGUACGACUUGGAUGACUACGAUCGUUGCCUCCAGGAAUUGAAUGGCCAGGCGUCCACUUACUGCUUCGUCCGCGCGGAAGUCCAGCCCGAUGAGUCGGUGGCCGCAUGGCGGGCAAUUGCAGAGAUUUCGCAGUACGAUCGCCAUCACUUCGAUCAUCGACAGCUCUAUUUCGGUCUCUGCCUGCGCGAAUGUGAGGCUUCUCUGGCCGGAUUGAAUAGAAGCGAACUGGAGGCCCUGCAAGCCGGCCUGCUAUCGGAAAAUGCGAAGGUGAACGUAUAUCUGGACUUGUUCUCGAUGGAAGCCAAUAACCGCCAACGGCACCAGCGCUUGACGAAUGCCUGUCUGAACUGGCGGCUGCAGCGUCGUGGAUUCGGGGUGCUGGCCAAGAGCGUGGUGGAGUACUGCGAUGAGGCGGGACAACAGGGUGAAGAUGAUGCGUGGAACCUGACCUUUUAUGGAAUCUUGGGCACUCUACUGAUCUUGGCAUGUCUGGGUAGCUUAGUGGAUCUACAUCUAAAGCGAGGCCGUCAUGACAAAAUGCUCAAGGAGCGAGAUCACUACAAGACACCGCCCAAGAGCACUGCCCAACAGGUGCUGCUCACCUUUUCGGUGGCCCGCAAUUGGUACCGACUUAAUCAGGAGCCAAGUGGCAAGAUCGGUCGCGAGUUGAGAUUCCUCGACUGCUUCAAGUUCUUCGCCAUGUUCAUGGUGAUAUUUGCGCACACCAACUGGGUGAUUUACGAGAGCGCCAUCAGCAAUCCGCAGGAUCCGGAGCGACUGCUUCACACGGCAGCGGGCACUUUACUCGUUUCGGGAUCAUUGAUCACUGUGACCUUUUUUGUGAUCAGUGGUUUGUUGCUGACCAUUAACUGGCUGGCCGUUUCCCGUUCGCUAGAAUCUAAAAAGGACACCUGGAGCUUCGGCCAGUAUGCUGUGCUAUUUGUCAAGUUCAACAUCUUCCGAUACAUCCGGCUGACUGUUCCAUAUGCCUUUGUAUUGCUCAUGAGUGGCGUUUACUUCGAGAACGCUGGAGGUCCUCUAUGGCGGCACAUUUUUGAGCGGGAGCAGUUGGCUUGUCGACGCAACUGGUGGACCAAUCUGCUCUACAUCAACAACUUUGUACGCACGGAUGAGCGGUGCCUGCUCCAAGGUUGGUACUUGGCAGCGGAUACUCAUUCCUUUGUGCUCAGCUUGGUGCUGCUGAUGCUGGGUCACCGGUUCGUCAGAUGGAGCAAACAGCUCUAUGCGGCCAUUUUGGGUCUUUUUGUGGUCGUGCCAAUGGUGCUCACCUAUGCCAGGAACUACUAUCCCAUUUUUGUACCCACGCCACAAACCCAGAAGGAUUCCUUUAUCGGCGAUCGUCAGUUCACCGAGUUCUACACGUCGUCCUUAAUGAACUUCGGUAGCUAUUUCUGUGGAGUCCUGGCGGCUUUGGUUUACGAUCAGUUGGCAUUGAAGCAAUACAAAUUACGGGAGUUGAAGAGCUUCCAGCUUCUUUGGUUCACACUUAUUCCAGUGGGCAUUCUAUGGCUGUUUAGUGCUCAUCCCAUCUUCCAGCACUACUACGUGCCGCCGUCGGCAAUUUGGGGAGCCUUAUAUGCCGGCCUGCAGCGGAACAUUUGGGGCUUCGGGCUGGGAAUCUUCAUCGUGGGCAUGGCCAGCAAAGUGGGAUGGAUUUUCCGUAAGUUCUGCUGCUUGCCCAUUUUCCGCAUUUUGGGACGACUCACUUAUGGAGCCUUCAUCGUUCACCUCCUUGUGGCGAGAAUCGUGUUGGCCACAGUGCGGGAGCCCAUUUAUUUUGGCACGGGCAUGAUGUUUGCUUUCAUCUUUUUUACGGUGACCGUGUCGUAUCUCUGCUCCUUCUUGCUGGCCAUCUUUCUGGAGCUUCCCGUCUCCUCCUUCCUCAAGCUUAUGAGGUAGCCCAUUGUCCUAACUUAUAUAUUACUUAUAACUAGAAUAAAAAACAUAACUUAAUUAAA